GCGGAGCGAACACCCACUCGAGUCCGAGCGCGGGGAGGCAGCAGCUGAGACAGCGCCAGGUCGGAGCCGCUGCAUCCUGCCCAGUCGGUCUCUGCCAGUCCACUUCGGGGCUCCAGAGGAUGGAGGAUUCCCGGGAGACCUCGCCGUCCUCCAACAACUCCUCCGAAGAGCUCAGCUCUGCCCUGCAGCUGUCCAAGGGCAUGUCCAUCUUCCUCGACAUACUGAGGAGAGCAGACAAAAAUGAUGACGGAAAACUUUCCUUUGAGGAAUUUAAAGCAUAUUUUGCAGAUGGAGUUCUCAGUGGAGAAGAACUACAUGAUCUCUUCCACACCAUCGACACACACAACACCAACAAUCUUGACACAGAAGAACUGUGUGAAUAUUUUUCUCAGCACCUGGGAGAAUACGAGAAUGUACUGGCCGCACUUGAAGACCUGAAUCUCUCCAUCCUGAAGGCAAUGGGCAAAACCAAGAAAGACUACCAGGAAGCCUCCAACUUGGAACAAUUUGUCACUCGGUUUUUGCUGAAGGAGACCUUAAACCAGCUGCAGUCUCUCCAGAACUCUCUGGAAUGUGCCAUGGAAACGACCGAGGAGCAAACCCGUCAAGAAAGGCAAGGCCCCGCCAAACCAGAGGUUCUGUCUAUCCAGUGGCCUGGAAAGCGAUCUAGCCGCCGAGUCCAGAGGCACAACAGCUUCUCCCCAAACAGCCCACAGUUCAACGUCAGCAGUCCAGCACUGCUAGAAGAAGACAACCAGUGGAUAACGCAGAUAAACAGGCUCCAGAAAUUAAUUGAUAGACUGGAAAAGAAGGAUCUGAAACUUGAACCCCUGGAAGAAGAAGUUAUUGAAGAGAGUACUAAACCGCACAUCAUGCUCGUGCAGCGCCAGAUGUCCGUGACAGAAGACGAUCUGGAAGAGUUCCAGCUUGCUCUGAAACACUACGUGGAGAGCGCCUCGGCCCAAAGCGGGUGCCUGCGUAUUUCUAUACAGAAGCUUGCAAAUGAAUCUCGCUACAUGAUUUAUGAGUUCUGGGAGAACAGCAGCGUGUGGAACCGCCACCUCCAGACAAAUUACAGCAAGACCUUCCAAAGAAGCAACGUGGACUUCCUGGAAACUCCGGAACUCACGUCUACGAUGCUUGUUCCCGCUUCAUGGUGGAUCCUGAACAACAAUUAGAUGUCUCUACACAUUACGGUCCCAAGUACAAGUGUUCUAAUCUAAAAUGCAAACUGGAAAGUUCUCUGUGGCUAACAGUUGGCUCACUUUUGUUCAAUGUGUUUACUGUAAGUACGCUAUUCUAAAGUGUAUUCUGGAACUAUUUUCAAAGUUUAUUGUUAUUCUUGAUAAUUGAUGCUAAUUGAUUUGCUACAUUGUCGGUAAUUAUAGCAAAAUCCUAAUAGAUAAAAAUGGUAUAGAGAUAAAGCCAUGAAACUGUGAGAGCUAUGGUAAAAUCUAGCUGAGACCUUCUUGAGCAUCAUAACAUGACAGGUUUGUACACUGUCACAUGCUCUAAAUGAUUACAUCCGUGGUUCAUGACUUUUUCAGUAACACAUUGUUCUAUGAGAGAGACAUUCCUCAGUAAGGUUCACAUGUCCAUCACAUGGUCCUCCAAAUAUUCCCUUUAAUAUUAACAUAAAUGCAGAAAACAAACUUGGCUGUAGCCUGUAGAAGCUCUGCCCAUGUGUCAUGUUGUAAUCUGGUGUUUUGCAAGUGAACAUUCCGUAGUAACUUAUGGCAUUUACUUAUGUGACACCUUUGUUUGUUAGUAUCAUGAUUCUUAUAUAUAAGCUAAACAUUACUGAUCAAACUUUGGGGAAAUUAAAGUUUAUGGCAGAAGGCUUUGGUAUAUAAUCAAAAUAGCUGAUUAGCUGAUUAUUAUGAAAAGUGAACACUUGCAUUUAGAAGAUUUUAAAAAUCCAUACUUCAAAUCAAAUUUCAAAUCAAAUUUCAACUCAACAGAGUAAAGAAAUUUAAAACAAGCACAAAACUUUAGUACUAAAUACACCUAUUUUAUAGACUUUCCUGGGUGUGUGAGAGAGAAUGUGAAAAUGCAUACAUACAGACUGGAUCCUAUGACAAAAAGGAAACGCGUAGGUGACACACAACAAUGAUGCCAUAGCAUAAACAUCUCAUUCUUAAAAAGCAAUACAUUUAUGCUUAAUGAACGAGUUUGGGGUUUUGUUUCUGUCUUUCUAGUUUAAAAAAAAAAUCCUUUCUCUGAGGUGAAAAGCAAUGAAAACAAAAGUACUUUGUCCCCAGACCAAGCUGGGAAAUUUACAGUGGCAGAAGCCAGUUUAGCCCUUCAUGCUCAGGAGAAACAAGGCUGCACUCCUCCUGGAGCAGGCUCGUGCACACCUUUCCGACACAUCACAUGCACUUCAGUGCACUAAAUUCCUAGGAAUCAAAAGUUUAAUCCUCAGUUCUUUAUCCAUAUAUAUUCGUAUUAUGAAAAAUUACAAGCCGGGCGAUGGUGGCGCACGCCUUUAAUCCCAGCACUCGGGAGGCAGAGGCAGAUGGAUCUCUGUGAGUUCGAGACCAGCCUGGUCUACAGAGCUAGUUCCAGGACAGGCUCCAAAGCCACAGAGAAACCCUGUCUCGAAAAACCAAAAAAAUAAAAAAAAAAAAAGAAAAAUUACAGAGCGGAAACGUAACGUACCUCAGUUUAUCUGCUAAUGCCUGAAUUUAUACUCCUCCUUUGGAAACAAUCUCAAUUUUACUUUCGGACUGUGACUCUGGGUCAUACAGUCUGAUGAGCGACAUUAAGUAUCAGCUACUUUUCCACUUCGGUUUUACUACCCCUGUUUUCAAAAUGUUUCUCUACUCGUAGUUAUGGGUCUAAGACCAUGUUAUUAUUAACAACCUAGGUACAAUCAAUCACAUGUUUGAGAUGUCUAUCAAUGCUUUGAACACCUGAAUCAUUGCAGGAGACGACACAGUGACCCGUUCAAGUGCUGGUGGGAGAUCUUUGGGAGAGAGAGUAAGUGACACUGACUUUAAGGGCAACAAAAUUAUACACCAUGAAUAUAUGUAGCAAAUAGUUUAUAUCUGAGAAUCUUUACAGCUUACAUUUCCAUUCCAUUAUUACAAGCGGUGAAAAACAAGAGCUUGCAAGUAGCAUGCAAAUUAGUCGUUUCCCACCUCACCCAUGGCAUCCCCACUUUCCAGUGCCACCUCCCAAUUUCUGCAGGAACUGCCUGCAAAGCUGAAAUUGAUUAGAAAAUUUUUUUAUAGUUUACAAUAUCUCUUCCUCAUUUUAUGAGAAGCCAAAUAGCCAACCAUCAAAAGUAAAAAUAAAUUGAAUCGUCACAGUCCAUCAGUUAUUGUUACUAGGUUCACUUCAUUUGCAGGUGUCCAAAAUAUAAUAUGAAUAAUUCUUUAUCUUCAAAUUCAUCUGUUCUUAAAAUGCUACUUAAAACUUUGGUUGUUUUCCUGGAAUAUAGAAAAAGGAUAAUUUAUCAAUUAGACUAACAAAAUAGUUUUCACAAAUUAGCUUAUCAACCAAAUACUAUGAAUCUACUUAAAUGUAAAUGCAUGUUACUAUAGAAACUAUUAAAGUAACAAACUAUCAAAUACAUUUGUUUCACUAAACCUAUAUAAUCCAUUUUUAAAUAUAGUAAAUUGUAUUCUAAAUCUGUUAUGUUUCUGUGGUACCUAGUUUUAUAAAUGUUGCUAAUGCAUAAAGCAAACGUAUACAAUUUUCAUGUAUAUUUAUCCAAAAUAAGUUUGUCAGGCUUUUAUUAACAAAAUAAAGUGUUAAUGAAUCAUUUAAGCCUGGAAAUAAAAA